UAAAUUAUAUUAUAAUUAAGCACCGAGCUUUCUCCAACCCAUACCCCUCUGCAAUGGUAGGUGCCAACACAGCUCAGCCUCAGUAGAUACCACUGUCAUGUCCGAUCUCACCUCUGAGCACCACAAUCCCUAAUCCUAACCCUAUAUCUCUCCUUCUAAUCGAAAAUAACCCAACAGAAUCUCAAAUGUGCUUCUCUUCUUCUUCCUCCCUUCUCUGCUUUCCUACUCACAAUCCCUCUCUCUUUCUAAGACAUCGUGCUGCCGCCUCAUUUCUCGGCAACCCCAGGCCCACAAUCAUCGAACCUACCCGGCGCCUCCAUGCCUCCCUCGCCGAGAGCAACGCCGAACUCUCCUGGUCCUCUCCGGAUCAGAUUGCGAACCACAAGUACGGCGGUUGGGCCAUCGUUGAAUAUCCGGUUCAUAAGAAGAAGACAGGCUUGCCCCCGUUUUUGAUUGGUGGAAUUGGGACCUCACUGGUUGUUCUACUCGCCACCAUUGCUCACUUUUCAAUGUCAAGAAGAGGUUGUAGGUUUCAGUUCGGUAGUCCAUUAUGUGCUUUGCAUGGGAUAUUAAAUCCAAGUGGAACCAAAAGGGAUCGAAGUGAACUUACGAGCAGUGCUGUAUCAGAUGAGACCACUGCGGUGUCUGAUGCCAGCCUAGAAGACAUACCGCAUUCUACUGGCGAAACUGCUUCUUCAGGAACUAUGGAAAAGCUUGAACGUAUUAUAAUCCCAGCUGCUGUGGAUUCUACCCAACAGGAAGCUCUGUCAGUUUUGAAGAAACUGAAGAUAAUUGAAGAUGAUGUAAAGGCAGAUGAACUGUGCACUAGGAGGGAAUAUGCGAGAUGGCUACUUCGAGUAAACUCGUUAUUGGAAAGGAAUCCCAAGCACAGGGUCAUUCCCGAAAUUUCACUUUCAGGGUCCACAGAUACUGCAUUUGAUGAUAUAAAUGUGGAAGACCCAGAUUUUGCGUCCAUUCAAGCCUUAGCAGAGUCUGGUGUCACUCCCAGCAAGCUAUCACCAAAGAACUCCAGUGAUGAUGGUUCAGGAUGUCGAGAAACUUAUUUUUAUCCUGAGAGGUUUAUCUCUCGACAGGAUCUCAUUGACUGGAAAGCCCAGUUAGAGUAUGAAUUCAUGCCAGGAAUAAUUGAGCAGAUAUCAAGAGCAAAAUUGGGUUUUUUGGAUAUGAGGGAGAUCAGUUCAGAUGCAUCUGCAGAACUUUUUAUGGACAUGUUGGCUGGGGACAGGAGCAUGCUCAGAAAAGUGUUUGGACAGAGCAGGCGGUUUCAACCAAACAAACCUUCAACAAAAGCACAAGCUGCAGUGGCACUGACAACUGGAAGGAUGACAGAAGCAAUUUAUAAUGAAUUAGCAAGACUAGAAGCUGAGAGUUCUGCAAGGCAAGCCGAGAUGGAAGAUAUUAGGUCUGAGCUGCUUGACAGAGGGGAUAUACAGAGGUUUUGGGAACAGAAGCUGAUUGAGGCGAAAACUCAGGGUUUUCAGGUGGAGAAGGUUUAUUUUGCUAAUGCUAGUAAGUUGGAGCAGGAGAAGAUUGAUCAAGAGAAACUUUUUUCCAAGUUUUUGAAGGAGAAGGCAGCUAUGGACUGUCAGAGGCAACUGGUUCUCAGUCUAAAGGAAGAGGUUGCUGAGAUGUCAGAAAAGCUUGCAUCUGAGAGGGCUCUAUAUAUCACGGAGCAGCACGAUUUACAUAAUAUGCUCAGUGAUUUACAGAUCACGCAGGAAAGACUGCUUGAUACAAAAUCUAUACUCGAAGCUGAGAAAGAAGCUCUCCGGAUUCUUAGAUCUUGGGUAGAGGACGAAGCAAGGAAAAGCCAAGCUCGUGCUAAGGUUCUUGAGGAGGUUGGUCGAAGAUGGAAAUGGGACAACCAAGCUUGAUCUUCCUGGUCCCUUGAGUGUAGAGAUCUGUAUUUGUUUGUAAAAAUAAUUAGCAGAGUUCUUUGCGGGAUUCGUGAUUCUUUUGCUUUGUUAACUAGAUUUUUAUAAAACUUUAACAAUGUCUGAUGUGAUUAGCAUGGGGCAUUUUUGUUUUCUUC